AUGCAUAUGAAUAACGAAUUGUUUUGUAUUUUUUUUUGUCUCGUGAGCCAAAUGGAAAAAAGUCGCUCCAGAUCAAAAACAUCAUCACCGAAAACAAAUUUGAAACCAAAAUUCCCGAUUCCAACAGGACAAUUAUUGGAUGGACGUUUUUUAAUUGAAAGACAUUUCAAUACCGAAAUAUUUAGCAAUUAUUAUCUUGGUACCUAUCAUGAAUCGGAUCGUACACGUUGGAUUUUUAUUAAAAUGAAACAUGAAAAUUAUAACGAUGAUGUUGAAUCUAUUCGUUGGGAAUAUAAAGUAUAUAAAACAUUGGAAUCAUCAAAAGGAAUGUUACGUGUACCGCGUCCAUUUUAUUUAGGAUCAAUAUUGAAUUAUGAAGCAAUUGUUCUUGAAUUAUUGGGUCCAAGUCUAUUGGAUAUCUGGCAUAGAUGUAAACAACGAUUAUCAAUCCGAACAUUAGCUCAAAUCGGUUAUCAAUUGGUGUGUUUAAUGAAAUUUUUUCAUGAUCGUGGAUUCGUCUAUCAGAAUAUUAGACCCGAACAUUUUCUGUAUGGUGUCAGUGGUCUAGAUAAAUGGAUGUGGAUGUAUGCGGUGGAUUUAAAAUGGUGUAAAAAUUAUCUAGAAGAAAAACAAGGCAACAUGGUACAUAUAUCAUCGGAACAAGUUAGUGGUCCACUUCAUAUUGGAACACACAUUCGAUUCAUGUCUAUAAAUGCUCAUCGUGGCAUUGAACAAAGUCGUCGUGAUGAUCUUGAAUCGAUUGGUUAUUUAUUGGUAUAUUUAUUUCGUGGUGAACUACCGUGGAUGAAAUUGGAAAACAUUGUCGAUGAACAAGAAUGUCAUGGACGAAUAGCACAAUGUAAAGAGAAAUCAGCACAAUCAAUUUGUCAAAAUAUGUUACCAGAAUUUGAACAAUAUCUGAUGACUGUAAAAAAUCUAGGAUUUGAUCAGAAACCAAAUUAUCAAAUGCUAGGUGAAUUAUUUAAAAAUGUUCAAAAAUUUAUUGGAUUCGAAUCCAAAUUAGAACUAUAUGAUUGGAAUGGAUUUCAUGUGCCUAAUACGUGAUGAUAAUUGAUUUUUCUUGCAAAUAAAAUAAAAUGUUGUUGUUGUUGUU